AUGCCUAUCGCACUUAACUGCCUGAGUGAAGAAGGCCUGCGGGCCCUGGAACAAGGGAGCCCAGAGCCAGUGCUACACAAAGCUACCGACAUAGAAUUCGUUUACAACAAACUAAGCUUAGGGGAAGGUAAAUUAUAUAUAAUGGAGAAAAAGAUCGUUUGGGUCUCUAGCCAAAAUGAAGAGGAAAAAAAAAAAAAAAAAAAAAUUACAGAAUUUACAGAAAUAGCUAAUAGCGUUAAUGGCAUUAAUUAUUUGAAGCACUACGAGAAGAACCGUGAAUUCUACAUGCACCUGCUGAAUGAGGUGAACAACGUUACCGUCGAUUCGUCUAACAUCACCUUGCAUGCAAUCACAUCGGAUAAAAAAAUUUGGACCAGUUCGUGUGUGUACAUACAACUGAGCUCCGAUAUUAUUGGGGGGGAGGAAGACGACAUGGAGAGCAUGGACACCAUGGGCGACGACGAUCCGGCUGUGGUUGACGAAGGCAAGGAUCAUGUGGAUAGGAACGUAGAGGGCGCUGCUGAUGACACAGAACAAGUUCCCUCUGGGGUGGAUCAUACCGCAGGGGAGGCAGUCCACCAGAAACCUCGAGAAAAACUAGGCAAACGGUUAUUUACAAAAAUGGCAAAGGAACCGAGUGUCUUCACAAAGAAUGAACAGAACCACCUAGGGGGGGAGGAAAAUUACGAUGAAGAAGAUGUCGAAGAUGAGAAAAAUGCCGAAGAUGAGAAAAAUGCCGAAGAUGAGAAAAAUGUCGAAGAUGAAUCACUUGAAGAAAACAUAACUCCAGAAAUCCUCCUGGUUAGCAAAAAUUAUUUAACCAACGAUUCCAUUUUUCACCAGCUGAGUAACAUGGAUCAUUCACCGGACGAUGGGGAUGAUGAAAGUGAAGAGGAAGGAACUGUGGAGGAAGAAGAGGAGGAUGCUUGA